GGCAAAAACUGCAACAAUAAUGUCUGGCCACUCCAGUCAAUCCGAACAUCGCCGCCAGGCGGCGCUCGAUAAAGCACGACAAGAGAUGCUGCAUGAGUUCGACCGUCAGCGGGAAGCCAUAACAAAAGACACGGAAAAAAGUCGACCAGGCUCGAACCGCUUUGUCGGGCAAAAUGAUUCCGUCGAAGAGACCCUCAAGAAAUCAACCAUUGGCCUCGUUCGACUUGAGGACUUUCAGAAUACAAGGAAAGCUCUCGAAGAAGCCAAGGCCAGGGAGGCGGCCAGAACAGAUGACUUAAAGGAAGAGAAACGCAAGAAGAAGAGGAAAAGGGGCGUAACUACAGCUCCCCUCUCUUUUUCUCUCGACGAGGAAGGCGACAUUCCGAUUGCUUCUGACCAAACGAAAUCCUUCAGCGACGAACAGCCCAGUGCAGAUCGUGAAGGGGAGAAGGCCCAAAAACGUGCGAAGCUCAUUAAAAAUCCUUCUGUGGACACAUCCUUUCUCCCCGAUCGUGAGCGCGAAGAAGAGGAGCGCCGUGCACGUGAAGAGCUUCGUCAAGAGUGGCUCAGGAAACAGGAAGAGAUCAAAGCUGAAGAGAUCGAAAUUGUUUACAGCUAUUGGGAUGGAAGUGGUCAUCGGAAGUCUAUUAAAUGCAAGAAGGGGAACGAUGUGGCCACCUUCCUUGGACUGGUUCGCGCUCAGGUGCCAGAGUUGCGCGGCGUCUCUGUGGAUAACUUGAUGUAUGUGAAGGAAGACUUGAUAAUUCCUCAUCAUCACACCUUCUACGAUUUCAUAGUAAACAAGGCUAGGGGCAAAUCUGGUCCCUUAUUUAAUUUCGAUGUUCAUGACGAUGUUCGUCUUAUGGUGGAUGCGACUAUUGAAAAGGACGAGUCUCAUGCGGGCAAGGUGGUGGAACGUUCGUGGUAUCAACGGUCGAAACACAUUUUUCCCGCAUCGCGAUGGGAGGUCUUCGAUCCGGAAAAGAACUAUGGAAAGUACACAAUAGCAUAAUUAAUCCUGCGCCCUUUAGCGAUCGACAACCUUGCUACCACCCCAGAGGAUUGAGCAGUAUUGAGUUGUAUUACAAUAGUUCUGGUUGGCGUCCAAUACAUGACAUUGUGAGUAACGGAGGACAUUUAAUUAGAAUACUAUAAGGCAAAAAAUUGCUCGAU